UCCUACACGCUCACACGCAGAGCUCACACUCAUUCCCGCUCUCCCUAAUUUUUUCAACAAUAGCCGCUUACAUCACUCUCUCUCUCUCUCUCUCUCUCUCUCUCUCUCUCUCUCUCUCUCUCUCUCUUAGGGUUUCGAUUUCCAUAUCGAAAACCCAUUUGCUUUUCAACUCUCUCUCUCUCUCUCUGCCAUUUCCACUACGCAUUUUUCUCACUUUUAAAACCCCUUUUAGGUUUUAGGGUUUCGAGCUCUCUACAAACCACCAUCAAUGGCUGCCGUACCAGUAGCCGUAUCCCAGCCCAAAUCCUCGAAAACCGAGUCCUACAUCGACAACAAGCGCAAAGAAGACGUACGCCACGCCAACAUCAUCGCCGCUCGCUCCGUCGCCGAUGCCGUCCGUACGAGUCUCGGUCCCAAAGGUAUGGACAAGAUGAUCUCCAGCGCCAAUGGCGAAGUUAUCAUCACCAACGACGGUGCUACCAUCCUCAACAAGAUGGAGGUUCUCCAACCCGCAGCUAAGAUGUUCGUCGAGCUCUCCAAAUCUCAGGAUUCCGCCGCCGGCGACGGUACCACCACCGUCGUUGUCAUCGCCGGUGCGCUUCUCAAGCAGUGCCUUACUCUACUCUCUCACGGAAUCCAUCCAACUGUUAUAUCGGAUUCUCUCCACAAGGCCUCCAUUAAAGCCAUCGAUGUUCUCACCGCCAUGGCUGUUCCCGUUGAGCUAUCUGACCGCGAUUCGCUUGUGAAGUCCGCUAGCACAUCGCUCAAUAGCAAGGUCGUGAGCCAGUACUCAUCGUUGCUCGCUCCUCUAGCUGUCGAUGCCGUGCUCUCUGUGGUGGAACCUUCGAAGCCCGAUGUGGUCGAUCUGAGAGAUAUCAAGAUUGUGAAGAAGCUUGGUGGAACGGUGGACGAUACUGAGCUUGUCAAAGGGUUGGUGUUCGAUAAGAAAGUGAGUCAUGCUGCUGGAGGACCAACACGUGUGGAGAACGCGAAGAUUGCUGUGAUUCAGUUCCAAAUUUCGCCACCAAAAACUGAUAUUGAACAGAGUAUUGUUGUUUCGGAUUAUACCCAAAUGGAUAGGAUUCUAAAAGAGGAAAGGAAUUACAUUUUGGGUAUGAUUAAGAAAAUAAAAGCCACUGGUUGCAAUGUGUUGCUGAUUCAGAAAAGCAUUCUGAGAGACGCUGUGACUGAUUUGUCACUGCAUUACCUCGCUAAAGCUAAGAUUUUGGUGAUUAAGGAUGUGGAGCGUGAUGAAAUCGAGUUCAUUACCAAGACUUUGAAUUGUUUGCCUAUAGCUAACAUUGAGCAUUUCCGAGCAGAGAAGCUCGGUUAUGCAGAUCUUGUUGAGGAGGUUUCUCUGGGAGAUGGGAAGAUUGUCAAGAUUACAGGAAUUAAGGAUAUGGGACGUACCACUACAGUGCUUGUUCGCGGUUCGAACCUGUUGGUGCUUGAUGAAGCUGAGCGGUCAUUGCACGAUGCUUUGUGUGUGGUUAGAUGUUUGGUGAGCAAGAGGUUUUUGAUUGCCGGCGGUGGUGCGCCAGAGAUUGAGCUUUCGAGGCAAUUGGGUGCCUGGGCAAAAGUGUUGCAUGGGAUGGAGGGAUACUGUAUUCGAUCUUUUGCUGAGGCUCUUGAAGUUAUACCAUAUACUUUGGCUGAAAAUGCAGGAUUGAAUCCUAUUCUGAUUGUUACUGAGCUGAGGAACCGCCACGCGCAGGGCGAAAUCAAUGCUGGAAUCAAUGUGAGGAAAGGGCAGAUUACAAACAUCUUGGAGGAGAAUGUGGUGCAGCCAUUACUUGUGAGCACUAGUGCAAUCGGCCUGGCGACCGAGUGUGUGCGGAUGAUUUUGAAGAUUGAUGACAUUGUUACUGUAAGGUAGUUUGGAUUAGAAAAUGGCAGAUCUUGGAUGACAGAACUUUUUGUUAUUAUUAAUAGUUUGAUCUCUGUGUGCUAGUUGAAUUAGUAGUGCAUUAUCUGAGCUUGGUUUCUUUUGGCAAAUUUUGUUACUGGCUGUUUACUUUAAAUUCGGAUUUCUUGGGCGCUUUUAAAGUGAUGUUGUUUACAUUUUCUCAUUUUUAUGCAGCUGGAGUUUAUCAUUA